AUGAGUUUUCGCGGUAACUGCGCGGAAGAAGAAGGGAGAUGGGAAGAUUGUGUGGAUGAGAUUUGAGCCGCCUCAGAUCGACGGUUGCUGUUCGGUUUUGACUUCGUCAACGGUCUUCCUCCCGACGUCCUUUACAGUUCUACUUCUAUCUCUCUCUGCCCAUUGCUGUUUUUCUAAUAUUUUUUUUUGAAGGCUGUAAAGUUUUUAUUUUUAUGUAUUUCUUCAAUGUUUAUUUAAAUAUAUAAAUUAGGUGGGUUUUAAGAGCA